CUUGAGAACUGCAUUGCCUACCGGUCCACAUAGUGACUGCGGUCUAGCGAGGGCAGGGGAAUUAAUCUGGUGUCUGGAAAUGCACCACUAAAUGCAAAUGAACUGCAAGGCAAAUAGUAUUCAGACCUUUAUUUAUAGUUUCAUAGUUGGACUGUAUGCACAUCUGUUUUCUACAUCAACGGAAUUUAUCCCCCGGUGCGUCUGUUGGUGCACGAGGACUCUGCGCGGGCUCUUGGAUUUGAAGGACGGAUCCAUCAAACUCGGAUUGUGAGUGUUCGCAUAGCGGUACACUGAAGGAAAACCUAAUCGGAUGUGGUAUUACAGAAUACUUGUGAAAUAUAGCCUACAUUAUAGAUAGCUCUCUGCCGUUCUGCAGCCUGGGAGGACCACACGAGUUUUUGGGGGUGGGAAAUUGUGUGUUUCGCAGCGGAGAGGUUUGUGGGACUAUUUAUAACCAAGGAUCGGCAGUCUGGAAUGUUUGAUUUUCUCCUUCAUUAUAUGUCAACCUUUUUCUCCUAUCAUAUUAGAUUUCCCCACCGCCGCGGGUCUUAAUGUUAUUUUCAAAUUGACCAUCUGCACCUUUUUUAUUCGACACUGAAAAAAGCAGAUGAUAUGCAUAUGUUCUUUGGAUUAGACCCCGCUGUGGACAAUUUGGCUUUUGCGUGAAUGGGAUAUCUGUGUAUUAGGCAUAUUGUUCAACGACCUUUGUAUAAGGAGACGAGGCGUGUUAUUAGCAUUACCCUACACCGGCAUUGUGAUGGUGAGCUUUUAUGAUCGGAACUGACAGCGGAAUAGGAUCAUUUUGGAAACUGCUUGUGGGACACUUGGCCAGGUGAAAAAUGAAAGCUCCCAUCACACUCCAGAUUCUUCUCUAUGCUGCUGUGGUCCGAGGUUUCAAAACAGUGUCCAAGAGAGGCUCAGUGGACGACUGCACGGAUUGGUCAGUGGACUACUUGAAAUACAAAGUGCUUUUGGGGGAACCGGUGCGGAUUAAAUGUGCUUUAUUCUAUGGAUACAUCAGAGCGAACUACACCCACUCCCAGAGUGUGGGACUAAGCCUUAUGUGGUAUAAAAGUACAGGACACGGAGACUUUGAGGAGCCUAUCUCUUUCGACGGCAUCAGAAUGAACAAGGAGGAGGACGCUAUCUGGUUUAGACCCACCGAGCUCCAAGACGUUGGACACUAUUCCUGUGUAUUGAGGAAUUCCACAUAUUGUAUGAAAGUGUCCAUGUCACUGACAGUGGCGGAGAACGACACAGACCUCUGCUACAACUCCAAAAUGAGGUACUUCGAGAAGGCAGAGUUAAGCAAAAGUAAAGAUAUCACCUGUCCGGACAUUGAGGAUUAUGUACAGCCGGGGAAGGAGCCAGAGAUAGUAUGGUACAAGGAAUGCAAGCCAAAGCAGUGGAGACAAAGCAUUGUAAGGAGAAGAGAUACUCUCUCUAUCCGGGAGGUGCGUGAAGAUGACAUUGGAAAUUACACAUGUGAAUUACAGUUUGGCAGCUUCAUGGUGAGAAGAACUACAGAACUAUCUGUUACAGCCCCUCUGACAGACAAGCCUCCAAAGAUCCUGUUCCCCUCAGAAAGCAAACUCAGCAUCCUGGAGCUGCAGUUAGGAAGUCAAGUCAACCUGACAUGCCGAGCAUUCUUCGGCUUCGCCGGGGAGGUCAGUCCGCUCAUCUACUGGAUGAAGGGAGAGAAGUUCAUCGAAGACCUGGACGUGGAGAGGUUCAGAGAGAGUGACAUCAAACUUAUCCGGGAGCACCUGGGAGAGCAGGAGGUGUCGAUCACCCUGACCAUUGACUCGGUGGAAGAGGCUGAUCUGGGGAACUACUCGUGCUUCGUGGAGAAUGGCAACGGCAGACGGCAGGCUAACAUCCAGCUCACAAAGAGAGCAGAGCUUAUGUACACAGUGGAGCUGGCGGGGGGCUUGGGGGCCAUCUUGUUGUUGUUGAUCUGCCUCGUGACCCUCUACAAGUGCUACAAGAUGGAGCUCAUGCUCUUCUACAGGAACCAUUUUGGCAGCGAGGACAUCGACGGAGAUAAUAAGGACUAUGAUGCCUAUCUGUCAUACACCAAAGUGGACCCGGACCAGUGGAGUCAGGAGACGCGUGAGGAGGAACGCUUCGCCCUGGAGAUCCUACCCGACGUCCUGGAGAGGCAUUAUGGGUAUAAACUGUUCAUUCCAGACAGGGACUUGAUCCCAACCGGAAGUUUCACCAAUGAUCAUUUCCAGGACGAUUCAAGACUCCUUAGAGGUACUCUCAUUCCCUCAGCCACUUACCCCUACUUGUGUCAGCAACUAACCACAACCAGCCACAACUAA